AUGCGAGGCAAAACUAUCUGUACAGAUGGAUGGAUACAUGUGGAUGUGGAUGUGGAUGUGGAUAUGGAUAUGGAGGUGGAUCUGGAGGUGGAUGUGGAUGUGGAUGUGAUUGUGGAUAUGGAUAUGGAUAUGGAGGUGGAUAUGGAUGUGGAUGUGGAGGUGGAUGUGAAUAUGGAGGUGGAUGUGGACAAGGAUGUGGAUGAUGUGGAUGUGGAUGAUGUGGAUGUGGAUAUGGAUAUGGAUUUGGAUAUGGAUGUGGAUGAUGUGGAUGUGGAUAUGAAUGUGGAUUUGGAUAUGGAUGUGGAUAUGGAGGUGGAUGUGGACAGGGAUGUGGAUGUGGAUAGGGAGGUGGAUGUGGAGGUGGAUGUGGACAGGGAUGUUGAUAUGGAUGUGGAUGUGGAUAUUGAUGUGGAGGUGGAUGUGGAUAUGGAUAUGGAUUUGGAUAUGGACGUGGAUGUGGAGGAUGUGGAUAUGGAUGUGGAUAUGGAUAUGGAUGUGGAUGUGGAUGAUGUGGAUGUGGAUAUGGAUGUGGAUGUGGAUAUGGAUAUGGAUUUGGAUAUGGACGUGGAUGUGGAGGAUGUGGAUAGGGAUGUAGAUGAUGUGGAUGUGGAUGAUGUGGAUGUGGAUGUGGAGGUGGAUAUGGAUGUGGACAGGGAUGUGGAUAUGGAUGCAGAUGUGGAUAUGGAGGUGGAUGUGGAUAUGGAGGUGGAUGUGGACAAGGAUGUGGAUGUGGAUAUGGAUGUGGAUGAUGUGGAUGUGGAUGUGGAGGUGGAUGUGGAUAUGGAUAUGGAUGUGGAGGUGGAUGUAGAUAUGGAGGUGGAUGUGGAGGUGGAGGUGGAUGUGGAUGUGGAUAUGGAUAGGGAUGCAGAUGUGGAGGUGGAUGUGGAUAUGGAGGUGGAUGUGGGCAGGGAUAUGGAUAUGGAUAUGGAGGUGGAGGUGGAUGAUGUGGAUGUGGAUGAUGUGGAUAUGGAUAUGGAUGUGGAUUUGGAUGUGGAUGUGGAUGAUGUGGAUGUGUGGGUACUGGCUGAUGCAGCUGCGCAGUGA